AUGCAUGUUGAAGACAAUGAACAAAGACGUCUAUCCCAUUCUGCAAUAUCUCUCGAGACAGUAACAAGUGUUUUAUUCAAACGUACAAUGUCAGAGCUUAACGUCAAUGCCGCCAACGUCCGCGUGUUGGGCCACGUAUCUGACGCGUUCCGUCGCGUUCUUACAUCUGAUGCGCUGCGCUUUCUUGCUUUCCUGCAUGAGCAGUUCGAGCCACGUCGCCAGUCUUUGCUAGCCGCGCGUGUGGAACGUCAGAAGAAGCUCGAUGCUGGUCAGAUGCCAGACUUUUUGCGAGAUACUGCUUACAUUCGCGAGAGUGAUUGGAAGGUGGCAUCUAUUCCCAUCGAUUUGGCUGACCGCCGCGUCGAGAUUACGGGCCCUGUGGAUCGUAAAAUGGUCAUUAACGCGCUGAACUCGGGAUCCAAGUGCUACAUGGCUGACUUCGAAGAUUCAACAUCUCCUACAUGGUUUAAUCAAGUUGACGGCCAGGUUAACCUUAUUGACGCGGUGCGCAAGACAAUCUCAUAUACACAUCCGCAGACUAGCAAGAAAUACGUUCUUAAUGACAAGGUAGCAACACUGCUUGUGCGUCCACGUGGUUGGCAUUUGGACGAAGCCCAUGUGCUUAUCAACAACGAGAUCAUGUCUGGCUCGCUCUUCGACUUUGGUCUCUACUUUUUUCAUAAUGCACAUGAGCUACUGAUCCGUGGCUCUGGUCCGUAUUUUUACCUUCCAAAACUGGAACAUCACUUGGAAGCGAAGUUGUGGAACGACGUGUUUGCGGCCGCUCAGGGUUAUCUAGGUAUCCCUCAAGGCUCAAUUCGUGCGACUGUGUUGGUUGAGACCAUUUUGGCUGUUUUUCAAAUGGACGAGAUUUUGUACGAGCUACGCAACCACUCGUCGGGGUUAAAUUGCGGCCGAUGGGACUACAUCUUCUCGUACAUAAAGAAGCUACGCAACCAUCCGAGGUUCGUAGUACCAGAUCGCUCAUGUGUUGGUAUGACAUCGCCCUUCAUGGCUGCUUAUGUAAAGCUGCUUGUUCGGACGUGCCACCGACGAGGUGCACAUGCCAUGGGUGGUAUGGCCGCCCAGAUUCCCGUUAAGAACGAUCCAGAGCUCAACAGGAAGUUCAUGGCCGCUGUCAUAGAGGACAAGUCACGCGAGGUAUCUGCAGGUCACGAUGGCACGUGGGUGGCGCACCCAGGCCUUGUCAAGAUUGCUAUGGAUGCAUUUAGCAAAAUGUCAGGCCCUAACCAGAUCUCUUAUAUUCCCGAGGCUGGCAAGGACAUUAAUGCAGCCCAACUUCUUCAGCCUCCAACGGGUGCGAUUACGUACAAUGGCUUGGUCGAAAAUAUAGACGUGUCACUUGUGUAUACAGAGGCUUGGUUGCGUGGUAGUGGAUGCAUUCCGCUCCAUAAUAAGAUGGAGGAUGCUGCUACAGCCGAGAUUUCUCGUGCACAGGUGUGGCAAUGGAUCCGGCAUGGCUGCAAGACAAUUGACGGAAAGCUGGUAACGAAGGCGCUAGUACUGGACAUUUUGAAGGAGUGCUUGCACAAGCGGUCACUGAAUGCGUCUUCGGGCAACAUGUGGGUGCUUGGUGGUGACAUCAUGAGCAAGGUUCUGACGGGUGACAAUAUGGUGGAUUUCUUAACACUUCCAUGCUACCCGCGUAUUGUGCAAUUUGGCUCAAAUAUCUGA